AUGAGCGGCCGCGAUGCACGAUCCGUAGAUAGAAUGGCCAUUGACGAUGAUGCUGAAGUCAGAAUCAAGGGCCGAGGUUUCUCCAACGAACACGGUACGAUUUACAAAACUAUGACGGAGGAUCGAGGUCCUAAUAUUGUGAUUAUAGAUGACUCACGGCGCGGUAAACGCUUGGAUCGUAUGAACGAGGACAGCGCUCUUGAACCAGAACGAUCCAUAGAAGGCUGGAUUAUUAUCAUUCGAGGAGUGCACGAGGAAGCUGAUGAGGAAUCGCUGAAUGAACGAUUCGCAGAAUAUGGCACCAUCAAAAAUUUGCACUUGAACUUAAAUAGACGUACCGGUUAUGUCAAGGGUUAUGCUCUUGUGGAAUACGAAACCCGUAAAGAAGCUCAGGAUGCCAUCGAUGACGCAGACGGCACGAAAUAUCUUGAUCAAGAAAUCAAAGUAGACUUUGCUUUCGUAAAAGGACCCUCUCGUUCGGAACGCCGAGGUGGUCACCGUGACAGAAGCCAGAGCCCUUCCAGAGAUUAG